UGGGCGUUUCUCUCGUCUCUCUGCGUCUUGUCUACAUACGUGCGAUGACUAUGUCUAGCACGUGGGUUUGGCGUGGCCACGGUUGCUCUCCAUGGCGAUGGCGAAUAUGUCGUUGGCCGAAGGGAACCGCUCCACAGAGAUGAAGCUGCUUGAGGACACCGAGUGGGACAGCGAGAAGUGGCGUGUGGACGGGCUGCAGGGUGACAUAUCCAUCAUGUCCAUGUCUGUGUCCAAGUCCAUGUCGUCACUCCAGCUCGGGUCCUCCUCCUGCACCUCCAUCGCCAGGUCAAAGUGACCAGACGCAUGUCUGCACAAAAAGCAGGGAGAGAGUCUGGGUGCGUGUGUGUGGGGGGGCGGGGGGGAGGGGGAUUACCUUUUGAGCGUCUUGAGCAUGAGGCCCUCGUUGAGGUCGGCGGUCUGCUUGGCUAUGCUCGCAUGUUUGCGAAUGGCGCGCUCGGUGCUGUCCUCAGCCUCAUACUCACACACCUGACCACAGGCAGAAAGACAGACAGACAGACAGACAGACAGAUGGACAGAAAUGCCGUGUGCACCGUGCGCCGUCUGUUGCCUCCCUCCCUCCCCCCUCCCUCCCUCUCUGUGCGUACCUGCGUCAGAUUCUCAUCCUUCCACCGCACCCUGAGCCCCGGCAGCCGCGGCGCCUUCUUCUCACGCACCCCACGGUCCAUCGUACCCUCAUCCCCACCCUCACUGCCAUCAUGAGCCAGCUCGUCGGCCAGCUUCUGGCGGCUGGCCACCCCCGGCAGCGUCAGCAGCGGCAUCGGCGGCACAGCAGCCGCAUGGCUGAGCGGGGACACAGCCGUCGUGACGUCUCUGUCGACAUCAUGAUGGUGGUCAUGUAGCAAGGGGGAGAGGCAGAGGGGUGGGAGGGACGCCUUGGUCUGGAUGGACAGGAAUGUCAGGGAGGGGGAGGGAGGGGGGACGAUGUAUCCAUUCGCGAAGCCCAGCGACGAGAAGGGCCGGCCAGUGGUGGUGGUGGCUGUGAGUGAGGCAGAGGGGUUGACGAAGCCGAGCUCUCCCCCCGCUAGAUUGGCGUCGAAGUGCACUUGUGCUCCUUUGCGGCGCUUGAGGCCCUCGAAUGUGGCGCGGCGGCCGAGGCGCGCAGGCAGCAUGAUGGUCUCAGAGUCUCAGCUUAGUCAACAACUACGGGACGCUGCUGGGGGCGGAGAGGAUGUGGCAGCUGGCUUGCUGCAGAUCCAUUGAACUAACGUCGUCUUCUGCUCCUUGGAUCCACAACGGUGCAAGAUCUU